AUGAUGGAAUAUUGGAAAUGGUUCCUUGGAGCUGAAGCUCAGCAUGACGCGCGACCGGUGCCAACCACCAUCCAGGAAUGGAGCAUACUGAGCCCAAUAUCCAGUGCCGAGGUAACUGGGGCAUUGAAGGAGUCGGUGUGGCCUUCACCUGGGAUGGAUAAAGAGGAUGCCCGAGAACUGCUCACGUGGAAACCAUGCAUUCUAGCCCAGUCGUUGAAUUCAUUUUUGGUAACUGAGAUUCCACCCAGAACCCUCUCGAGGGCUAGGAUCUCACUGAUUCCUAAAACAGUGUCUCCAGCGUCCCCGGGAGACUACCGACCAAUUGCUAUUUCUUCGGUAGUCCUGAGGUUGCUGCAUAAGCUGCUCUUCCGUCGUUGGCGGAGGGUGGCAAAACCAGAGAAUAUCCAAUUCGUUUUUCAAGAGCGCGACGGAUGUCUUGAAGCCUCAAGUCUGCUGAACGCCAUAUUGCACUCGGUACAUGGGUUCGGCCGAUAG